CCUAGAAAGCUUUUGCCUUGAAGUGUGGCAGAUUACAAUGAGUGCACCAAAUAAAGCACUAGAACUACAGCUGCAAAUUAAGCAAAAUGCUGAAGAGCUGCAGGAUUUUAUGAGAGAACUGGAGAGCUGGGAAAAAGACAUUAGAGAAGUGGAUUCUGAACUAAGGAAACAGAGUGGUGUCCCAGAAGAGAAUUUGCCACCAAUUCGAAGCAAGGCUUUUAAGAAAAAAAAGAAGAGCAAAAGUAAAGUCCCUUCAAAGAUAACCACUGAGGAAAACAAGAAAAAUAAGAUCAAGUCUUAUGAUUAUGAAGCUUGGGGAAAACUUGAUGUGGAUAAAAUACUUGAAGAACUUGAUAAGGAUGAUAGCACUCAUGAUUCUGUGUCUCCAGAAUCAGACUCUGAAGAAGAUGGAAUUCGUAUAGAUGCAGAAAAGGCUCUUGCUGAGAAGGAAAAGGGUAAUAACUACUUUAAACAAGGGAACUUUGAUGAAGCUAUACAGUGCUAUACUAGAGGGAUGCAUUCUGAUCCAUACAAUCCAGUAUUGCCCACAAACAGAGCAUCAGCUUUUUAUAGAAUGAAAAAGUUUUCUGUUGCGGAAUCUGACUGUAACUUAGCACUUGCUUUAGAUAAAAAUUACACAAAGGCUUAUGCCAGAAGAGGAGCUGCUCGCUUUGCUUUGAAAAAUCUUCAAGGUGCUAAAGAAGAUUAUGAGAAAGUUUUAGAGCUGGAUGCAAAUAACUUCGAAGCAAAAAAUGAACUGAAGAAAAUUUAUCAGGCUCUGUCAUCAGAAGAACAUCCAGAACAGAAAGAGGUUGAAGAUGCUGUCAGACCAGAAUUAACAGAUGCCGAGAAGCAGCGCAUUGAAGAGCAGCAGCUCAAGCAGAAGGCUAUUACAGAAAAAGAUUUGGGUAAUGGCUAUUUCAAAGAAGGGAAGUACGAGGCUGCAAUAGAAUGUUACACCCGUGGUAUAGCAGCAGAUGGCACCAAUGCUCUUCUUCCAGCUAACAGAGCAAUGGCUUACCUAAAGGUUGAAAAAUAUGAAGAGGCAGAAAAUGACUGUACACAAGCUCUGCUCCUAGAUGCAUCCUAUUCUAAAGCCUUUGCCAGAAGAGGAGCUGCCAGAGUUGCUCUUGGAAAGCUAGAAGAAGCUGUGCAAGAUUUUGAAGCUGUUCUGAAGUUGGAACCUGGAAAUAAACAAGCAAUAAAUGAACUGACUAAAAUAAGGAAUGAAUUAGCUGAGAAAGAGAAGUGGACUUGUCAAGAUUAUCCUGCAGUAUUGAUAAAAGAAGAUGAAAAAAAAAAUAUAGUGAAACUGAUUGAUAAUCCAUUAUACCUGAAAUCAACAAAACCUUUGCAAAGAAUACCCAUUGAAGAUAUUGAUGAUGACACACCAUCAGUGUCAUCAGCAGUGCCCAGCACUACUUCUGUAGUCAACAACUGGAAGAAUUCGGUGAGUAUAGAAACGACAGAGAAUCAGGAUGAUCAUUUGACUACAGCAGACAUUCCAAAAGCAAAGCACUUGAAAAUAGAAGAAAUCAGUGAUACUUCACCAUUGCAGCUUCCUGCUAGCGUGAAAGGAAUUUCUUCGGUGGUGCAUCCAUCUUUCCCUGUGAACAAACAGAGAGAAAAAGAAAUCAAAAGGUCAUUUAGCUCUGUUUCUCCAAUCCCUCCUGUUCCUGCAAAUUCUUUCCAGCUUGAAUCUGACUUCAGGAAGUUGAAAGAUUGUCCAGAAAACAUGUACUUGUACCUGAAGCAAAUAGAGCCUUCACUUUAUCAGAAACUGUUCCAGAAAUCCUUAGAUCCAGACUUGUUUAACCAGAUACUGAAAAUUCUGCAUGAUUUCUACAUUGAGAAAGAGGAGCCAUCACUCGUUCUUGAAAUCCUCCAGAGGCUAUCUGAAUUAAAAAGAUUUGAUAUGGCAGUAAUGUUUAUGUCAGGCUCGGAGAAAAAAAUUACACAAGCAUUGUUCAACCAUGUGAACCAUAUGGGAUUGAAAGAUGCUGCUGUUGAAGAAUUGGAGAGGAAGUACGGCGUUUCCUCUUAGUGAGAUAACUGGCAAAUUUGUGUUUCCACACCUCUUUAAUGUGGAAAUCAUCUGAAGAAGCCUCUAAAGACUGGAAUUUUGCUCCUUUUGUAUAAGUAAUGAAACUUAAACUUGGCUUAGCCAAAUGGCAAGUGCCUGAGGAGAAAAUUACCUAGUUCUGCAGGUACAUUGCUUUCCAGCACCUGAAACAGUAGAGGUCUACAUUGUCUUCAGUGGAAUCUGCUUGCCCAAGAAAACAACUGGGCAGGUUAGAAAUCAGAAUUUGGAUUGUAGAUAGAAGUCUUUAAUAAAAGGGAAAAAAAAUUAUUUAUAAACAUGUCUUUGCUAAGAAUCAAAUGGUAUAUACUACAAAUGUGCACAGUUUUUAUUUUAGGAAAUAAACUGAAUGUUGAAUUGAAGAUACUAAAUUUAUUUUUAAGCUGCCUGAAUCAUUCUUUUCUAAGGGUACACCACAUCAGCCCAUGUCAUAUGCCAAGCCUAAGGUACAGUGGACAAAAAUUCCCAGAUUUCUUUUGCUUGAUUUUUACCCUGAGGAUGAAUUUUCGCAUUGGCAGCUGAGAUGUUGCUGUGAACUCCAGCUGUAAUUGCAGAAUAGAAGGAAGCCAAAUACUGUCAACUUAGUCUAGGAAAAAAACCCACACUUUUUUGUGGGUUGAUGAUGACAUUUACCUUUUGGCUCAGUUGUUCCUAACCAGGUAAAGGGUUUAAGAAACCUCAGGAAGCUAAGAGAGAGAUCUGUCCCCCAGGAGGAAGACAAAGGCAUAGUAUCACCUGAAAUUCUUAGGUGAGAAGUAGCAUUAGGUAUAAUAAACUGUUCAUACUGUUCACAUGGCCAAAAGAAAGAACAGUUCUUGUCAAGUAUACUGUAAGAUUUAACUGUUAUCCAAGCACUGGUGUCUAAAAUAGUUGGCUGUGUCUCAAGGGUUGACCACUACCUCUUUCAUCCUGCCUAAUAUUCUGUCACAUUGCUUUC